AUGGCGACGGCCGACGACGGCGACGGCGAGGAGGCGGUGACCGGAUUCCCCUACCUCCGCCGCCGUAGAGACGGCAGCGUAAGGCGCCUCAAGGGGACGGAUACCGUCCCUCCCUCCAUCGACUCCGCCACCGGCGUCGCCUCCAAGGACGUCCCCAUCGUCUCCGCCACCGGCGUCUCCGCCCGCCUCUACCUCCCUCCGCCGCCGCCGGCCUCCUCUGCCGCCGGCGAGAAGCUCCCCAUCGUCGUCUACUUCCACGGCGGCGGCUUCUGCAUCGAGUCCGCCGCUUCUCCCACGUACCACCACUACCUCAACUCCCUGGCCGCCGCUGCCCGCGUCCUCUGCGUCUCCGUCGAGUAUCGCCGCGCACCGGAGCACCCGCUCCCCGCCGCCUACGACGACUCCUGGGCGGCCCUCUCCUGGGUCGCCGCUCACGCCGGCGGCGCCGCAGCCGCCUCCCCGCCGGAGCCGUGGCUCUCCGAGUACGGGGACUUCACCCGGGUCUUCCUCGCCGGCGACAGCUGCGGGGGGAACAUCGCCCACAACAUGGCCAUGCGCGCCGCCGUGGAGACCCUCAGCUCCGGCUUGAAGAUCGAGGGGCUGGUGGCGGUACACCCGUUAUUCUGGUUCUCACCGGCGGCCAGCGAGACCUCGGCCAGCGGAGAUUCCUUUGAGGCCACCUUCGAGGCGUCAUGGAGCUUCCUCUACCCGUCGGCGGCGAGGGGGCUGGAGGAGCCUUGCCUGAACCCGGGGGCGGCGGGGGCGCCGUGCCUGGCGGCGCUGGCCUGCCGGCGGGUGCUGGUUUGCCUGGCGGAGAAGGACCUGUUACGAGAUUUAGGGCGCCGCUACUACGAGGCGCUGGAGAGGAGCGGAUUCAGAGGGAUAUUGGAGAAGCUCGAGUCGGAGGGGGAGGGGCACAUCUUCCACCUCCUCAAGCCCGACUGCGACACGGCCAACGAGAUGAUGGAACGAGUCGCCGCUUUCCUCGGUGAAAAGUCAAGCUCACUGUAG